GCCUGGCCGCGGCCGCGGACUUGGCCGCGCCUGUCCGCCGUCGGGGGGGAUUCACUGGAGGAAAGGGACCUUGCGUGAACUGUCGAACGCGAGAAUGGUGAGCGGAGAGGAAGGCRUCGACAGUGGUAAAGAUGGGGGUCACGGGGUUGCGCGAGGCAAGGGKGAGGCGGCCGGCGACGUGGGAGGCGGUGUUGCUGCCAGGGAGGAGCGUGGCCAGCCRACGACCCCUGGCAUGCRCGGCGCCGUGCCGUCGAAGGACGUGCAKGCGGCCSAGGACRUCGGUAAACACCCGCCAAUGCGGGCGCCUUCUAACCCAGCGAUGCCCACGGCGGGACAGGCGAGAAGGGAUGAAGGGGCGGGGGUGAAUGCGGCAGUYAGGGGACAGCUUGCGACGCGCAUUCCCGCAAAGGAAACCGCAGCGGUGGGAGCCGUCGUUGGURCAUCGAGGACAGGCGCGGGGGGGGGCGGUGGCGACGGUCGUGAUGAUGCUGAUGACGACAAUCCCCUCAUUAACAGGCAGAGGCGAUCCGGAAACAUGGCGGCUCUGGAGGCGAAAGCGAAACUGUGGGUGGACGAUCUGCGUUUCURGAACGAGACGGAGGGGCAUGGGAUGUUCAAGAUCAUCCAAGAGACGCGCCUGCACCUCAUCGUGAUUGCGAAGGGUGUGAAACCGCCGGAGAUMAGAAAAAGGGUUAUCCUCUCGAGCGCCACGAUCCCUCAGCAGAAGCUGGAAGACGUGUCGGAGUUGGGGGCCGCGAAGGAGAGGGCUUCGAGGGUGCAKACCAUAGCRUUGCGCAUCAUCCAUGGGUGGAUCUUCAAGUCCCCCAAUCGCGCGCGCGGGUACCACUGCUCCUACGGCUAUGUGCUGAACCACGUCGCCACAGACCUCGCCUACGCUAUCUGGUUUGGAGAGGACUGGCGGGCGCUGUGGACGACAACCGGAGGUGACCGCGCACAGCCACCCGCCGGUGCUGCUGAUGACGACGAUGAUGACUUUGAUGAUGAUGAUGAUGAUAACGGUGACGAUGAUGAUGACGGUGAUGACAACGAUGAUGAUGAAGGCGAUGUUCAUGAUGAUGUUGACGAUCGUGAUGCUGACGAUCGUGAUGAUGACGGUGACGAUGAUGAUGGUGAUGAUGAAGAUGAUGAUGAUGAUGAAGAUGAUGAUGAUGAUGAAGAUGAUGAUGGUGAUGAUGAAGAUGAUGAUGAUGAUGAUGAUGAUGAUGAUGAUGAUGAUGAUGAUGAUGAAGAUGAUGAUGGUGAUGAUGAUGAUGAUGAUGGUGACGAUGUUCAUGAUGAAGAUGAUGAUGAUGAUGACGAUGAUGAUGACUAAGGUGGUGAUGGUGAUGACGACCAUGGUGGCGACGACGACGAUGUCGUCGAUGGUGAUGGGGACAGGAGUUGGCAUGGCGUGUGAAUAGCGGUUGCGCGAGUUUCGUAAACUAUCUUCUACCUCCUUUGCGUCGAGUCGUUUCCUGUUUUCAAAGCGGUUGCCGAGUACAGGUUCAGAGAUACGAUGGCCACGUGGCAAUGGCCGACGGCAGGCUUCUGUGGGUAUCCGAGCCGUGCGAUUUUGAAUGCCCCCCUCCGUGCCGCUGUAGGAUUGGUAACUGCUGGGGUGCAACGGGAUGGUACCCUUGUGUACCCGUACCCUAGGCUGCGGCCAUUGCACGCAGCAUAGCAUUGGGCUGCUACGUCGCUCCUUCGGUGGCUUAUACAUAUCACCCAUGUACCAGGCGGUGUCUUGACGUUUUCUUGAUUGGCCUGCUGGUCGCGUUUGGGAACGAAGA